GAGCUUCUCGCAAACAUUCAUCGAACAGAUAUCAGGCGAUUCACGAUAACGAUACUUUAAUCGAUAAAACUGUACAAAUGAGCACAUAGAACCAAGUUAAAAGUCCAUGUCCUGUGUUUUCAUCCGAGUCCUUGUCUGACCAAAUCCGCAAACAGUACCCUUCGAACGACGACCCAAUGCAUCAAUGUCUUCGGAUCGCAGAGCUGUUUGAUAUCAUUUGUAAACGAGUUCUUGCCACCGGGCAUCAGUCAUCCCUCGCGGCUCUCUGCAGAACUUGUCGCCUCUUCCACGAACCUGCGCUGAACGUACUUUACAACUCGCUGGAAAGUCUUCGUCCAUUGCUGUUUUGCAUCCCUGCAAUCGUGAGAAUUGGAAAGAGGAUCACUACAUUCAAAGAGUUACGCCUUUCAGACUGGCAGCGAAUGCAGUUCUACGCCAAAAGAGUUCAUUCGCUCAGGGUCAAUGACCAAGAAGAGUUUGUCAUCGACAAGACCAUCCUACAUGCACUAGCUACCUCGCCCUUCGCACCCCCAAUGUUUACUCAUCUCAAACGACUUUGGUGGUCAAAUAAUUCUGCAGAUGCUUUACCACUCCUAUGUUCCCUGGUCAAUGCCAGACUGGAAUGGCUUAUUCUGCAUGAUCUAGACUCAAGGCUUCUUCCGCGUGUUAUUCCUCACAUCACCUCUGGCAGCAACUCUCUCCACGUCGUGUGUUUUCCCGCGAAAUAUAGUAUGAGGGACAUACACCCUGACAUGUUCCAGAGCUGGCGCAACCUACAGAGUCUCGUUUGCGGCCUAGUCGAUGACACAAUGCUCUAUCACCUCGCAACAUAUUCCAAGCUUACACAUCUCACUAUUCAAGUCGACGAGAAGAACGACUACAGUUCUCUCAUGAAACUCGCUGGCCAACCAGUAUUUCCUGCCCUUCAGGGGCUCGACAUCACUGCGACUCACACCCUCCAUUGCGUUCAUAUCCUUGAAAUUGCAGAGCUGCCAUCGCUACGCUCCCUCCGUAUUCAUUCGACGGAAGAGGGCCUAACAAACGCUGAAGUGCAUCAGUGUUUCCGCCUAAUCUCACGUCAAUGUCCAAGUCUCAGGGAUCUACGUAUAAAAGAAUUACAGAUAUCCCCGCCGGAAUUCCCUAUCGGCUAUAUCAUUACGUUUGAUACCCUGAAAACGCUCUUCUUACUGCGUCAUCUAGAGGCACUUCAUCUCGACACAACUUGCACGUUUGCCCUCGAUGACAAGGAGCUUGCGCAGCUGGCUGAUAUGUGGCUGAAGUUGCGUGCACUUGAACUGGGGAUCGAGAACGGUUGGCGGCAACCAAGUAAAAUUACUCUGCAGGGUUUUGCAGAGUUGCUGCGGCGCUGCCCCGUGUUAUCGGUAGUCGGGUUUGCUAUGAACGCCUGGGCACCGGAUAUCGACGAUCGACGACCUGGAUGUGGGGUCCGCAGAAACGGUCUGGAAGUCCUACGAGUGGCUGAUUCCAAGAUCACGGACCCGUUGUCCGUCGCAGCGUUCUUGUCAGAUGUUGUACCGAACGCUGAGAUAACGGGCUACGACAUCGAGUAUGACAUGACUGGAACGUUCAAUACUCGGAUGAUGUAUCGGGAGAGGUGGGAGGAGGUUUCUAUGUUACACCCUCUACUUGUCAACUUGAGGAGGCAAGAAGCAGUAGGUUGGGGAUCGAAUGAGCGCUCCAGAGACCGAGAGUAUUAAUAGGACAUCGCUAGACCUGUUAUAGGUUGCAAGUGACGCAGUACAUGGAUAAGUGCCGUUGUGUUUGCCACCCUUGUACAUACAUGUAAGGACCUUUGCGGCCUAGCCUUGCGUAAAGCUUGACCGAGGUUGCGCGAAGCUCAUAUCAUGCCGUAAUUCGAUUUAAGGACACCAUACGUAGAAGCGUGCGCCGAUGUGCUUGAGCUGACUUUUACGUUGACGGUUUGGAGC